GAAACACGGACUUCAAACUUGGAAUCUGGGCAAAGAAACAUGCCCCUCUCAUCAAAUUGUACCUAGCAAGUUCAAUAACUUUUCAUUCAUGGUUAUGAAUGGUAACAAAGGCCCCGCCGUUGGCUUUGGUUUGCAUAUGGACUCUGAUAACAAGUGAACUUGUGGCCUGCCCCACGCCCCUACACCCCCCAAACAGUCGGGUAAGGUACCUUGGCGUGCGCGCGCAUCCACUUCCACUUUCAGCUUUCUUCCACUCUCCGACUGAUGCCAACAGAACCCGACAAACGAAUCUAUAACCACAUACUAUUCUAUCUUUUACUAUUACCUUGGCGUUCCCACGAGCUCAGACUCCCAUCAUCUAUCAAUAGCUAGGCCCGCGUCUUUUGCCCCUAGACAGCACGGCAUCUUUCCAAGCAAAGCUUCUCCUCGACAUGCCCAAAGCCCGGGCUUCACCUGCAGGCACAGCUGCUGAGCCGCCUCACCCCAAACGCCGUAGACUUCCAGACGACGACGCCAAUUCGAUGCCGCGAUAUAGUUCACCCGCCGAAGACAUGAACCGCGACGAAGACACAACAGAAUACCCAGGUCGAUCUCGUGCCCACAGGCCGUUAGCGCGCCGCGACCGUCUUCCUACAAGCCCAAACAGGACCAGGGAUGCAAGCGCAAGUCGAAGCAGAAGCAGAAGUGGGAGGAGCAGAACCAGAAGCACCAGUCCCCGUUCUGACGAAGACGAACAACAACGGCGAUACCGCUCCAGGUCAUCAACUAGCUCUCGCGAAUCGCGGUCCAGAACCUCAUCGCGCUCGAGGAGCCGCUCGUACUCGCGCUCUAUAACUCGAUCCCGAUCUCCUCGCUCUCGAUCUCGCACGCGGUCACGGUCCCGAUCAAGCUCGAUACGCGACCGCUCCCGUUCUGUAUCGCCUUCUCGCUUCCAGGGCCGCCGUCCCUCCAAGUCACAUGCCGAACAGCUUCGACCAAAUUACCGACCCCGCUUAGAGCUGAGCGGCCACACUGCUGCCAUCAGCCAGGUUCGAAUAUCACCAGACGGAAAAUGGAUCGCCUCCGCCUCCGCCGAUGGCAGCGUCAAGAUCUGGGACGCCACCACGGGCAACAACCUCGAUACCCUCAUAGGUCACAUGGCCGGAGUCUCAUGCCUGGCAUGGGCACCGGACAGCAACACUUUGGCUACCGGUUCAGAUGACAAGGCCAUCCGCCUCUGGGACCGGGUGACCGCCAGUCCCGCCCACGCUUGUGGGGACGAAAGCAACCGUGGCCAAGGACCACGAGAGUACAUUAGAGGUGGCAGCCAGCUUGCUAGGACAGCACGCGGAGGUAGAACAGGAAUGGGUCCGCUACUGGGACAUCACAACUAUGUUUACUGCCUCGCCUUUUCGCCAAAAGGGAAUAUUCUGGCCAGCGGGAGUUAUGACGAGGCCGUAUUUCUGUGGGAUGUGCGAGCUGGUCGGUUGAUGCGAAGCUUGCCCGCUCACAGUGACCCAGUGAGCGGCAUCGGCUUUUGCUGUGAUGGGACACUGGUUGUCAGUUGCUCUACGGAUGGACUCAUUCGCAUAUGGGAUACCUCCACCGGCCAAUGUCUCCGAACGCUCGUCCACGAGGACAAUCCCGCCGUCACCAAUGUUUGCUUCAGCCCGAACGGCCGCUUCGUACUCGCCUUUAACCUCGAUAACAGCAUUCGUCUUUGGGACUAUGUUUCCGGAACCGUCAAGAAGACAUACCAAGGCCAUAAAAACAGCGGCUUUUCUAUAGGCGGAGGUUUUGGCGUGGUGACCGACAACAAGGAUACACAGGACGACUACCGGCAUGGUAAUAUAGGCAAGCCAUUUGUCGUGUCAGCCAGUGAAGACGGAGAUAUUGUAAUGUGGGAUGUGGUGACGAAGCAAAUCGUACAGCGUAUCGAGAAGGCCCACGAGGGGGUCUGUUUCUGGGUGGAUGUCAACGGCGACACCAUGGUAAGUUCUGGGCAGGAUUGCACCAUCAAGGUUUACAAGAAUGUGCGGAGGAAAAAGCAUGACCGCCGGUUGAAAUUUGACAAGCCGAACGGCAUCAGCGCGAUCGAUGGGACAAAUGGUCAUGGCAAUGGCAGAGGGAUUGAGAUCAACGAAGCCAUGGGUGACGAUGACCUAUAGCAUCGCGCACAGGUUGACUGAUACCUGACCACUGUUUCAAGGAAAGUAAGAGCACACUCAAAACCAGAUACCCCAUUUACCUAGCUUUAACCCAUGAUUCGAACGCUGCUAAGGGUUGAAUGCAGGGAUAGAUAUGUCUUUGGC